GAAGGGGCGGAGUGAAGGGGGUUCCAGCUCGUGGUCCCCUCACCCCGUUCCCCUCCGGGGUCACGGGCGCCUUCUCUUCCGUCUGAUCGCGGCCUUCCAUGCCGCCGGCCUCCCAAAGCUCUCCUCGCUCGCGAGCCGCGCGGGGCGGGACAGAGCAGGUCGCGGAGCGCGGGGCGGGCGCCGGCGUAGCGGGUUGCAGCCCCUGUCCCGCCGGCAGCAGAGACCGGUCAGACCCGUUGUGGGCUGCGAGCUCCGGCCGUGGCCCCAGCCCCGAGGGGGAGCCCAUGGACAAGGCCUGCUGCCAGAGCCUGAGCUAAGACCACCUCCCAGGGACUGCCCAGGCCCCCUCCGCUCUGACCCUUCUGCUGGCAAGUCUGGGCAUCCGCAAACGCCAGAAGGAGGGAGCACUCAGCCAGGCAAAACCGAGAACACCGUCACCAUGACAACCAGUCACCAGCCUCAGGACAGGUACAGAGCCGUCUGGCUUAUCUUCUUCAUGCUGGGUCUGGGGACGCUGCUCCCGUGGAAUUUUUUCAUGACAGCCACUAGGUAUUUCACAAACCGCUUGGAUGAGUCCCAGAAUAUGUCCUUGGUCACUGCCGAGCUGAGCAAGGACAUCCAGCCCUCAGCCACCCCCACGGUGCCCUCCCCGGAGCGGAACUUGCUCAGUGCCGUCUUCAACAAUGUCAUGACGCUAUGUGCCAUGCUGCCUCUGCUCUUCUUCACCUGCCUUAACUCUUUCCUGCACCAGAGGAUCCCGCAGUCUGUUCGGAUCCUGGGCAGCCUGGUAGCCAUCCUGUCGGUGUUCUUCGUCACCGCUGUCCUCGUGAAGGUGCAGAUGGAUGCCGUGCCUUUCUUCGUCAUCACCAUGAUCAAGAUCGUUCUCAUCAACUCGUUCGGCGCCAUCCUGCAAGGCAGCCUGUUCGGUCUGGCUGGCCUCCUGCCCACCAGCUACACCGCCCCCAUCAUGAGUGGCCAGGGCCUGGCGGGCUUCUUCGCCUCGGUGGCCAUGAUCUGUGCCAUCGCCAGUGGCUCGGAGCUGUCAGAAAGUGCUUUUGGCUACUUUAUCACCGCCUGUGUGGUUAUUGUUUUGGCCAUUGUCUGUUACCUGGCCCUGCCCCGACUGGAAUUCUACCGCUACUACCAGCAGUUCAAGCUUGAAGGGCCUGGGGAGCAGGAGACCAAGCUGGACCUCAUCAGUAAAGGAGAGGAACCAGUAGCAAACAAAGAGGGGUCCAGAGUUCCAGCCCCCAGCUCUCAGCCUGCCAACCAAGGCCACUCCAUCCGAUCCAUCCUCAGAAGUAUCUUAGUCCCGGCUCUCUCUGUCUGCUUCAUCUUCAUGGUCACCAUUGGGGUGUUUCCAGCCGUGACCGCUGAGGUCCAGUCCAGCAUCGCUGGCACCAGUGCCUGGGGAGAUUACUUCAUUCCUGUGUCCUGUUUCUUGACUUUCAAUGUCUUUGACUGGUUGGGCCGGAGCCUCACGGCUGUAUUUACAUGGCCUGGGAAGGACAGCCACUGGCUGCCAAGCCUGGUGCUGGCCCGGAUGUUGUUUGUGCCCCUGCUGCUGCUGUGCAAUGUCCAGCCCCGCCGCCACCUGGCUGUGGUCUUCGAGCAUGACGCCUGGUUCAUCAUCUUCAUGGCUGCCUUCGCCUUCUCCAAUGGCUACCUCGCCAGUCUCUGCAUGUGCUUCGGGCCCAAGAAAGUGAAGCCGGCUGAGGCAGAGACGGCUGGAGCCAUCAUGGCCUUCUUUCUGUCUCUGGGCCUGGCACUGGGGGCUGUCUUCUCCUUCCUGUGUCGGUCUAUUGUGUGACCGUGGAUGGAUAGAAGGACUGCACUGACCACCUGUUCCUGCGCUCUUUCUUCUCCUUCAGGGAUGGGCAGGGGUGGUCUGGAGGUUUUCUCUUUUCGCCAGCUUCUGCUUUCUCACGGCCUGUUCUGGGCCUGGGUGUCCAGGCCUCGAGGAGGGAGCCUCUACGGAUGGACAGUGGGGACAUUGUGAGCCUGAGGGUCAGAAUCCAGGGAGGGCAUGCGGGCUCUGCCUCUGCUCAAGUCCUCUUCAGCCCCCCCUCCCCACACUUGGCUCUGACUGAUCCCUGCUUGAGCAGGGCAGCAGAGACUGCUAGGCUGAGAGAGAGAGAGAGAGGGAAUACGUGUGUGUCUCUCUGUUCAUCUGCCUAUAUACCAGCAGCGGCUAGGGGCCAGGACUGUCUGUCUGAGGUCCCAUCUGAUAAUAUUUCCAUAUUCCCCCCAUGUGCCUCCUCCCCCCAUAUCUCCGUGUCCCUCCCCUGCUCCCCCUGCCUUGUUCUUACCAAUCAUGCACUCUGUACAGUUGCCGUUUUACUGCCUUUUUUUUUAUAUUCAACAGAAACCAGGUGCCUUCAGAGGCUCUCUGACAAAAUAAACCAUUUUUUUUUCCUCCA